AUGGACCUAUGCCACCACGAGACUCAGGGCUUUGGACAGAGAGGUAACCAAAGGAAGAUCGAUCAAUGCUGUAAGUCUGAAAACAUGGCCCAUGGAUCAUUGUCAUUCAGGGAUGUGGCCAUCAACUUCUCUCAGGAGGAGUGGGAAUGCCUGGAUCGUGUCCAGAGGGACUUGUACAGUGACGUGAUGCUGGAGAACUAUAACCAUUUGAUCUCACUGGGAAGUAGUUUCAGUUCUAAACCAGAUGUGAUUACCUUUCUGGAGCAAAGGAGAGAGCCCUGGAUGGUCGUGAGAGAAGAAUCAAGCGGACGGUACUCUGAUUUGGAGGCAGAUUAUGGAGCCAAGAAGUUAUCUCCAGAAAAUAUAUAUGAAACAAGCUUAUCCUCAUGGGAGAUAAAGCACAUAAGUAUGUCUGCAGAGCUUGACAUGCCCAUCUUUAGAAUUGAUUCAAAAUACAGAAGCGGGCUUGAAGAACCACAGGAAUUUCUAGAGGGAUAUAUUGGUCAGAAGAUAAUCAGCUAUGAAACAGUGCCUGCUUACACUCAUCAUUCUUCUCCUAUUCAUGGUACAAGUACACCGUAUGAAUGUAAGGAAUAUGGGCAACUCUUUCUGCGUGGUUCAAAUCAUAUUCCACAGCAAAGUACUCAUAGCAGAGAGAAGCCCUAUGAAUGUAGUGAAUGUGGAAAAGCCUUUAGCCUUCUCACCCACCUAAAUCAUCAUAAGAACAUUCAUAGAAGUGAGAAACCAUUUCAGUGUGAAGAAUGUGGGAAAUCCUUUAAUUGUAGCUCAAACCUUGUUCAGCACCAGAAUAUUCAUACUGGUGAGAAACUGUAUGAAUAUAAGGAAUGUGGGAAAGGCUUUCGUCGUGGCUCAAAUCUUGUUCAGCAUCAGAAAAUUCCUUCCAAUGAGAAUCCCUUUAUGUGUAAGGAAUGUGGGAAGACCUUUAAAUAUCACUGCCGACUGACUGAACAUAACAGAAUUCAUACUGGUGAGAAAUCUUUUGAAUGUAGAGAAUGUGGAAAGGCCUUUAGUCUUCCGACACAGCUUACCCGACAUCGGAAUAUUCAUACUGGGGAGAAACCGUUUCAUUGUACUGACUGUGGGAAGUCCUUUAAUCGUGCCUCAAACCUUGUUCAGCAUCAGAGCAUUCAUGCUGGAGUGAAACCAUAUAAAUGUAAGGAAUGUGGGAAAGGCUUUAGUCGUGGCUCAAAUCUUACUCAGCAUCAGAAAAUUCAUUCUAAUACGAAACCCUUUAUAUGUAAGGAAUGUGGGAAGACCUUUAAAUAUCACUACCGACUGACUGAACAUCACAGGGUUCAUGCUGGUGUGAAACCCUAUGAAUGUAAGCAAUGUGGGAAAGGCUUUAGUCGUGGUUCAAAUCUUAUUCAGCAUCAGAAAACUCAUUCCAGUGAGAAACCCUUUAUAUGUAAGGAAUGUGGGAAGACCUUUAAAUAUAAUUGUCGACUGAUUGAACAUCACAGAAUUCAUACUGGUGAGAAAUCUUUUGAAUGUGAAGAAUGUGGAAAGGCCUUUAGUCUUCUGACACAGCUUACCCGACAUCGGAACAUUCAUACUGGGGAGAAACCGUUUCAGUGUAAAGUAUGUGGGAAAUCCUUUAAUCGUGGCUCCAAUCUUGCUCAACAUCAGAGCAUUCAUACUGGUGAGAAGCCCUAUGAAUGUAAGCAAUGCGGGAAGACUUUUAGACUUCAUGUACUGCUUUCUCGACAUCAGAAAACUCAUACCGGUGAGAACCUCUUUGAAUGUGAGGAAUGUGAGAUAGCCUUCAGACAUCAGUAUCAACUUAUCAAACAUCAACGAAUUCAUACUGGUGUGAAACCCUAUGAAUGUAAGAAACGUGGGAAGAGUUUCAGCCGUACCUCAAACCUUGUUCAAAAUUGGAGAAUUCAUAUUGGUAAGAAACCUUAUUUAUGUAAAGAAUGUGGGAGAAUCUUUCUGCACCAGAGAAUCCACACUGGUGUGAAACCUUACGACUGCAACAAGUCUGGGAAGGCUUUGAGACUGUUUAGUCUUCAUUGCCUAUCAAAGAAUUCAGACGGGUUUGCAGUCCUGUGA